AAGCAAAUUCCAUACAUCCAACAAGUGAAGAUUUAAGGUACCCUCCAUGGCUACUACCAAACUUGGCUUUGUCACUCUCCUGCUAGGCAUUAUUAUUGUGGUGGUUGGAAGCCAGGUGAAGCAUGCAGAAGCUUGCACGAAGAACUGUGACGGUAGGGCAGAGUAUAUGAUCUGCCCUUAUGCUUCUGAGGGGGAGUCAAAGGUGAAGGAAGUUGGUGGUAUUUGCACAAACUGUUGCGUAGCAAAAGAACAACACUGCAUACUCAUCGAUGAAACUGGAUUUGCCUAUUGCCCAGAGGAAGAAGCAUCGUCGUUGCCCCGCAAGAUUAUUGCAUCUAUUGUUAAUUAGAUCCGGCGGCCGGCGCCGGUAUAUGCUACGGUGGUCGUCGGUCCAAGCAUAUAUAUAUAUAUAUAUGCAUCUAUCAAGAAUAAAUUAAAACGUGUUUCAAUAUAAUCCACCACUACAGUUAGUUUGCUGUAAUGUGUGAUGUGUAUCUUUGAAUAAUAUGGAGAUUAAUUAGUUAGGCCUACUGCUAGCUGGAUGGCCUGCCUCUCCUUUCUUAGCUUGUACUUGUGCUGACUGUACGUGUAUCAUUUUCUAAUUUUAUCUUUAUCCCUGCAAUACUAUUGUACUC